AUGUCUAUGAAUAAUAUAUAACCUUUAUCAAAUAAUAAAAAAAAUUAAUUUGCAAUAAAUUUUAUUAACAUUACAAACUUCACUAUUUAAAAUAAUUAAUUUUUUGAUAACUUUAUAUCUUUCUUAUUAGUUAAUGAAUAGUAGCUUUAAAAUAACUAGGAACUAUAUUAACGAGAGGCUAAGCUGAUUAAAUCAUCUUUUAUUAAUAAUAAAAUUAAUUUGGAAGCUUCUCUAAUUUUACUGAAUAAUUUAGAUUAAGUUACAUUAGAUAAUAUAACUCUUAAGCUUAAUAAAUUAAAUUAAAACACAUUAUCAUCAUUUAUACAAGUUAAUUAAUGCUACAAUAUUAUAUUAACUGAAUGUAUAUUUUAAGAUAAUAUAAACUCAGAUGGAUAUGGAGGUGCUUUAUAACUAAUAGAGACAUAAAAGGCUAAUAUAUAUUACUCACAUUUUAUUUCUAACAAAUGCCUUUAAAAAAAUGGAGGUGCAAUCAAUUUUAUAAACACAAAAUAUUUGGGUACUUUGGAUAUUAACUUUUCUGCUUUUGUUAUGAAUUAAGCCGUGCUAUCUACUGGAGGAGCUAUAAACCUAUCCAAAGUUAAUUUAAUAUUAAAGAAUUCCCAAAUAGAAUCCAAUAAAGCUCAAAUAGGAGGUGGAAUUUAUUAUCAAUAAAUAGUUCCUGACUUUGUAAUAAUAUUAUAGAAAGGUAUUAAGCAAAAUAAUACUAUUUAAAAUAAUUAUGCCAACAUCUAUGGUAAAAAUUUAGGAUCAACUUUAAGGAAAAUUUACAUUUCUCAAAAAGAUAUUACUAUUUAAAGCUCACAUAAUAUAAAUUACAAAUAAUACUCACUUGAAGUAGAUGGAAUUUAAAGUGGUGAGUAAAUUACUUAUUAAAAAAUAUAGGUCCUUGAUGAAGAAGGAACUCCUGUUUAUAUUCCAUCAAUUCAAAAUCAAAGUAGCUUAAGUGACGAUGUCUUACUAAUAAUUAGAUAGAUCAAUAUAGAAAUUACAUGUGAUUAAUUAAAUAUUGAAGUACAAUGUGUAGGAAAUUUAAAAUCAAGCGAUUAUUAAAAUGGAGGUUUUUAUUUAACAGUAUAGCCUAUGUAUAAGCCACUCAGUACUAUGAGUAUGAAAAUAAGAUCAAAUGUGUUUCCACAAUUAGUUGAUUCUAAUAAUAAUAUCUAAAUUAAUUAAGGUUAGUUAGAUCUUUAAGUUUUACUUAAUUUUGAUUAAUGUAGGAUAGGGUAAAUUCAAAAAUAAUUUAGUAAUUCUAUUAUUUGUGAGUCUUGUCCAGAGGGAAAAUACUCAUUAGAUAUUCUUGAUGGUGAGUGCAAAAAGUGUCCAGACUCUGCUGUGUAUUGUUCAGGUUCAAAGAUUUAGUUGAAAAACGGUUACUGGAGAAGUAAUGAAUUUACAGAUGAUAUUAUUUAUUGUAAUUAUAAUCCUAAUGUUUGUUAGCCUCAAAGCAAUCAAUCAAAGUUUAAUUGUGAAAGAGGAUAUAUAGGUAUAAUAUGUGGAUCUUGUGAUAUUUAUGGUUAAAUUUGGGAUGAUUCUUAUGCAGAAUAUAUUACAUCAAAAUAAUGCUACAAAUGCUCAGAUAAUAUUAUGCUAAUUUUUUUAAAUAAUUUCCUGAAAUUCUUUGUAGUCAUUGCUUAUAUUUUUUUUAUGGUCAGAAGCUUAUAAAAGUAAUUGUAUAUUAAACUUUUAGGCCAUUAUGUUAAAAAGUCAGGGAUACUUUUUUUAAGCAACACAUAUAAAUCAGAAAGACAAAAAAUAUUUUCUAAGAUUCUAAAUGAUCAUUUGCAAAUUCUUUCAUUGGUUUAUAGCUUAUUUAAUAAUUUUAUGGCAAUUUCAGUACCUGUUUAAAUAACAGGUAAUCCAUUAGGUGCUAUCAGUAAAUCUAUAGACUGCCUAUAUACAACGAAACCUAAUUUACAACCUUUGUGGUUCUAUUAAUUGCUUUGGUCUUUAUUGCAACCUAUUUUAAUUAUCACCUUAUAUUUUUUAAUAGGCUAUAUUUUUUUAAAGUUCAAAUAAAAUUUAUUUAUAAGGCAUGCCAGAGCUGCUUUAAUUUUUAUUUACUUUUAUUAUUUUGUUUCAAUUAUUACUAUUUUAAGUAAGUCUAUGAACUGUGUUUAGAUAGGAGAUUAAAAGUAUAUGGAUUUAGACUAUAAUAUCAAAUGCUAUGAUCCAAAAUAUCAUUUACCUUAUAUAUUUAUAUUUUGCUUACCUCUAUUGAUCAUCUAUGGAAUGAUUAUACCUAUUAUUUUAUUUGUUAGUGUGUAUCUUGUAAGAAAAGGAAAGAAAUCUUUUUUUAUUAAAGUAUAAUAUUCAUACAUUUUUGCAGGAUUUAGAGAUAAAAUGUACUAUUGGGAGUUCUAUAAGAUCAUCUACAAAGCAUCACUAAUCAUAAUUUUUAUUUUGCUCAAAGAAAAUAAUCAGUUAAUUUAAGUUUUGAUGAACAUUAUAAUGUCGCUUAAUAUCUUUUUAGUUGGAAAAGCAAAGCCCUAUAUUUAAUAAAAUUACAAUGAUUUACAGCAUUUUUCUAAUUUGAUUUGCAUAUUGGCUCUGAAUUUCUUUUAUAUUUAGCAGAUAUCAUCUUAAUAAAUUCAAUAAACAGUUUUUUUAAUAAUCACUGUUUUAAUUAUUAUAUUGCCAAACAUAUAUCUCUUCUUACAAUUGAUAUUUGGAAUGAUAAAUAUAUAAGUAAAUGCAAAUAAAGCUGAUAAUAAUUUAGUUUAGAAUUUACUCUUGAAAUUAAAAUAAAAAUACCCUAAAAAAUUCACUAAUGUUUAAAUAAUUAGCAACUAAAAAAUAAGAUCUUUACUUAAGUUGAAAGAAGUUUAAAGGAAAUUUAGAAUUCUUCUCAAAUUUUUAAAAAACUACAAUUUUUACAAUGAAGAGUAACUAUUGGUGUAGUUUAAUCUAGAAAGUUAAUUUAUAAAUAUCCCAUCAGAGAGAAAAGAGUUAGAAAAAUUGAGAAAUUCUAAUUUGAAUUUUUUGACAUCUAGCAUAAAAUAAGAAGAGGUGAACAAUAAUUUAAAUUAUUUAAAAUAAAUAAGCUGCUAAUCUGAAUAAGUAGGGAAAACUAAUAAUAAUCCAUAAUGUAAAUUUAUUUUCUUUUUUUUCAAAUUAUUUAAUUAAUUAUAUCCUAAUCAAAAGAAUAAAUGUUUAGCAAUAUAGAUUUAAUAACACCUUAAAGCUAUGCUUAAAAUCAAGAAAAUUAAAAUAUACUUUAAAAAACUUUAGAGUUUGAAAGCAAAUUAGAUAAAUAUAAAUCUUUAAAUUAUUGAUGUAUAAAUUGUGAAUUAAAUAUUAAUUAUUUUGAUAUUCAUUUAUAUUUUUUAAUUAUAUAUCAUUAUAUUUUUUAAAAUAUGUAUAUUUUAGACAUAAUUAAAUACUACUAAAUUUUAUUAUAUUUUAGUUGUACAUUUUAAAAUAAAAAACAUAAUUUUUCCUAUUUAUGAGAAAAAAUUUUUUAUGUAAUUGAAAUUUAUUUCUUUAGUUUACAUUUUUCUCAUAGCUUCUCUUUUUUUGUGA